CUCAGAGAUAGAGACAUAGUCAAGGGGUUUAGGUGGGAAAUAUGGAACACAAGGUUGUAGACUCAAAAACUGCAACUACCUACCAUUUUACCAUGAUUUUGAAACACCCACCAUUUUCCUAGUUUCUUUUUCUCUCGUAUUCUAUUCUGUGGAAAUUCAUUCAUGAGUGUGAAUCAAGUUUCUAUCUUUUGUCACCAAGAUAGCAUAUAUAAUAGUUAGUAGUUAGCAGUACCCUUUUGGAGAUGUUAGGAGAAGAAGGAAAAAUAAACAAGCCCUCUGGUAGCGGCACUCUUGCUCGGAGAACCUAUUCCCGUUCGGUUUCAUGGACAGAUAGGUCUCCGAGCAGCCGCCACAAGGCACCACCACAACCACCAAACACAAAGCCAAGGCCAUUUUUGCCACCUCUUCAGCCUCUUUCCAUAAGAAAGCCCAGUGUCGAGGAAUGGCCAAGCGCAGGAUCCGACGAUCUUGGCGUUUGGCCAGUUCCCCAGACACCAAGAGGGUCUAUAAGACAGUUGGACUCCAGUCAACCCACCAAAGAUUUUCAGUUCAAGAGAGACAAACUGGCCUUCUAUGACAAAGAAUGUUCUAGAAUCGCGGAGCAUAUAUACUUAGGAAGCGACACGGUUGCCAAGAACCAUGAGCUCCUUAGGCAGAAUGGAAUCACUCAUGUGCUGAACUGCGUUGGUUUCGUUUGCGCGGAGUAUUUCAAAAGCGACUUUGUUUACAAAACACUCUGGUUACAGGACAGUCCUUCGGAGGAUAUAACAAGUAUCCUCUAUGAUGUGUUCGACUAUUUUGAAGAUGUUCGAGAGCAGGGCGGCCGCGUCCUCGUCCAUUGCUGUCAAGGCGUUUCGCGGUCGUCCUCUCUCGUCAUUGCCUACCUCAUGUGGAGGGAGGGACAAAGCUUUGAAGAUGCUUUCCAGUAUGUCAAGAAUGCAAGGGGAGUGACAAAUCCAAACAUGGGUUUUGCAUGUCAGCUUCUUCAGUGUCAAAAAAGGGUCCACGCUCUGCCUGCUAGCCCCAAUUCUAUUCAAAGGAUGUACCGAAUGGCGCCUCAUUCGCCAUACGAUCCUCUUCAUUUGGUACCAAAGACGGUUAAUCAGCCGGGCGCGAAAGCGCUCGAUUCUCGUGGCUCUUUCGUUGUCCAUGUUCCCUCUACAAUCUAUGUUUGGAUUGGCAAAAACUGCAGCCCGGUGAUGUCCUCCAACGCACGAGGCGCGGCGCUUCAGGUAGUCCGGUAUGAGAGGGCUAAGGGACCUAUUUUGACGAUCCAUGAAGGUGAGGAAACACCUCAGUUUUGGAUUGCUCUGUCUUCGGGUGAUUCCGAGAAAGAAGGGGUGGAAAUUGGCAAAGCGGCCGAUAUUGGUGCAAGAAAAGUUGGGGCGUAUGAUUUGGAUUUUGAGAUCUUUUACAAGGCAGUUGCCGACUGUGCAGGGUCGGAGACUUGUGUGCCGGCGAAGGAGCACGGAUGGGGAAUACUAAGGCAGAAGCUUGCUACAGGAGUCAUGAAAGAGUUGCUUAGUUCUCCCAAAUGUGUGAAUAUGGAAGACGGUGAAGAAGAGAAGCGAAACUCUGAGAUUGAGCCUUUGUCACCGUCAACUAAUCAUUCCUUUGAAUGUUAUUUGAAUAAUAAUAACAAUUCAGACGCAAUAGUAGUGGAGGAUACUCCUAAAGCCGCGGACUCUGGUGUUGCUUCGAAUCCUUUUCCGUGGAACAAAUCGCCAACGCUUUCGCCCUCAAGCUCCGAUUAUGCAAGCUCUUUCACAUUUUCACCUUCCUCAGGGAAUUGGUCUGAUUUAUCAUUUGUGUCAUCUAGGCAGCCAUCACCUUCUGGCAUGGAAUCAACCGAAGACGCGCCUUUCGCCGAGAGCUCCUCGUUACUUCACAAAGAAGUCUCCUCAAUGCCGGAAACAUUAUUAGCUAACGAUGGUUUGGGAGGGGCGAGCUCCUGGUUCCAGAUGGAAGGAUCCUCCCUCUCAAUAGCAGAGCGUCGGGGGAGUAAUCCGCCGCCUCGGGUGCUGCUAUCGUCCAUUAAUGAAUCAUCUCAGCUCCACAAGAACCUGGUAAGAUCACAGUCCUUUUGUUUGCCUGACUUAGAUAAUAAAUUGAUAAUGUGAAGGACGAUUAUAGUUGCAAACAGUCUGAUUGUGUAACAUCAAAUGCUGAUACCAUAAAUUCAGAUGUUGAACCUCAGUGAGAUUUGUGAGAGAGACUAACUGAUUGGCACUUCACUUUCAUCCUGUGUAAAUUUCUAUAAAUUAUUCAAUAUAGCUGAAUCUUAAGCGAUUACUCA